AUUACUUUUGUUUUGGAAAAAUGAGAAGACGGCUCAGUAGUAGAAAGUCAUCCCAACAUCUUUUUAAGGAGUUUGAUGUUUUCCCAAAACUUCCUGAGAGUUGCGUUGAAGCGUCUGCUGCUGGUGGCACAGUUUCUCUGCUUACCUUCACACUCAUUGGUGUUUUAAGCCUCUGGGAAUUCUGGUACUUCCAAGAAAGCUGGAUUAAAUACGAUUAUGAAGUGGACAGUGACAUCACAAGCAAACUGCAAAUUAAUAUUGAUAUAACUGUUGCAGCAAAAUGUGAUUCAAUUGGUGCAGAUGCUCUAGAUGUGGCUAAAUCAAUGGUAACGAAUUCAGAACAUCUCCAGUAUAAACCUGAUUAUUUUGAAUUAACACCAGAACAACAAGCUUGGCAAAGGAAAACGCAGAGCAGUCAGAACAGAAUUCAAGAACCUACUAUACUGAACAGCUUGAUCCAGUCUUCCUUUAAUGACAGUCUGCAAAGAAUGCCACCAAGAGAAAUUAAGCCUGCAGAUCCCCCUAAUGCAUGCAGAAUUCAUGGCUCAAUCCAAGUAAACAAAGUCGCUGGAAACUUCCAUAUUUCUCUUGGAAAGCCCCUAACAGUUUAUGAAGUUCACAUGCACUUGUCAAGCAACUUUGGUGCAGAAGGAGCUAAUUUCUCCCACCGAAUCAACCAUUUUUCAUUUGGAGACCCUGCAUCUGGACUCAUCAAUCCACUAGAUGGUAGUGAAAAAAUCACACACUCAGAUACAAUGUUUCAAUACUUUCUAGUGGUUGUGCCAACCAAAGUAAAGACAUACACGUUUGCUGUAAACACCCACCAGUAUUCUGUUACAGAAAAGGACACAACAGUCAAUGUCAGCAAGGAACACCAGGGAAUACCUGGGAUCUUCAUUAGGUAUGACAUUAGCUCCCUGACUGUCAAGAUCACAGAAGAAGGGAUAGCCAUAGGUCAGUUUGCUACAAGGAUUUGCGGGAUUGUUGGAGGAAUAUUUUCAACUGCAGGGCUGCUCCACAAGUUUUGUGGAUUCUUAAUUGAGGUCAUGCUUUGUCAGAUUUCUCCAGAAGCACGGAGUCAAAACACUCCACCUACUUCCACAGGUAAUGAGGAAGAUCAGCAGCAAUCGGAACAAACUACCGAAACCACAGAAUGACGCAGUAUAUUCUACAAAGGUUGUUCUUUUGUUAUGGCUUAAUAUUGAUUUUGGAUUGACAUAUUUCAAUAAAUUGGGCAAUCAGUAA